GUUCAGAACAUGCGCUUUCACAAAUUUCAUCUUUGAAAAGUCCGUUAGUGUUUUGGACAAAGUGGUUCACAUUCGCAGAAUUUUACCUAGAUUUUUUGCUAAAGCAGUUGGAUUAAUUGUGGGACGCUCUAGGAACAAGAAGAAUGGCCUCAAGAGCGGACGUAAACCACACCAUAGAACAAAUUCGCAACGUCUGGCCUGACCUAGCAUUUGACAGAGAAGACGUGGUCCAGGGACGGCCCGAGUUUAUUGUCCGCUUUUGUUCCAACUUUAUUGCCGAAAUAAAUGAUAAAAUCUCGUUUCUGUGUAACGAGGAAAGCACAGGCUCUGAGCACCCCGAAAAUCCGGAGUUUGAUAAACGCGUGACUCUGUAUUGUAACGUAUCCGAAAUCUACAGGAAGAUGAAGUACAUUUCUCUGAAUUUGUCCGAUUUCUACGUCCAAAACCCCAAAAAAAUGUACACGUUUUUAAAAUGUUCCAUUCACUUUGUUAUUUACUUGAACAAUUAUCUGGAUGAAAUGUACGCUACUGUGUUUGAGAGUUUAAAGAAGCUGGCUGAGUAUGAGGACCUCAAGAAAAUUAAGCAAGAACUCCUGGCAGAGAACGCUGAAUAUGCCGAACAGCUCGCACGGGAGACGAAUACUCACGAAUCAUUGAAAAUAAAGGCAGAAAAAGUAAAAAAAGCUCAUGCGAAGAUGCUGAAUGAUAAAGCUAUGGAAGAAAAAAAACUUGCGGAAGAGACAGCAGAGUUGAGCGAGCUACAAAAGGAAGUGGAUAAUCUCGAAUACGAGCUCAAACUGCUGCAAGACAAAGAGGAGGAUUUGAAGGGAAGCGUUGUGACAAAGACCGACUACGAAAACUUGAAAAAAAUGGAGAAAGUACUGGAACGUGAGCAGGGAGAGUUAGAUGGCGACGAUUUCCACACCAAUGAUAAAAUAGAGCACGUCCUCACAGACGCAAAAGAGCUUGAAGCUGACGCUGAGAAGUUACAAACUUUGAAUUUCGAUUCGUUGGACGUCAAUUCUUUGCUCCAACACAGGGAAGAAUUCGCUCAGAGUAAAACUUAUUUGAACAAACUAAGCGAGCAAGCAUGCUCUUUGAAUAAUGAGGCGGAAUCGAAACGAAAAACGGUCGAUAAACUUCAAUUUCGAGUGGACAAAGGUCAAGCAAGUGUCGCCGAACUUGGAAAUAAGUAUUCUAUGGAGGCUGAAAACGAACAAAAGAGUUUUGAAGACAGAAAUUUCGAACUUGCUGCAGCUCUUGAAGAAUGCCAAAGAUUGGAGUCGCAAAGCAUUGACCUGCUCGAAGAAAUGAAGCAAAUCGAAGCAAAGGAGAGUGUUGUUAAGAAGAUUACUAAGGAUGCGUACCGCAAAAUUCUAAACAAAGACCGAGAAGCUACUAAUAAAUUCGACACUUAUUUAAGAGAUAUUGUACGUGUUUCCCGUCUAGCUGAAAUACCUAAGCGAAAUUAAUAAAAAAUGUACGUUAACUUUACCCAAAAUAAACUACCUUUUGAAUAUA